AUGAAAUCAAGAAGUGGCGCCAUCUAUGUGGAACGUCUAUCUAACAGUUCAAGUAUCACCCAAUGCAAUAUAAUGGACAGUGGUCAGUUAGAAGUUCGUCGAGAACGUGCCUUCAAAUUUAUUAUAUCUGUUGCGAGUACCCUAAGUAUUUCCAGUCUACUGACACUUUGUCUUCUCGCACCAUCUGCCUAUAAUUUUGUGGACAAUAUGGGAACAUUUACAAGGCAGGAUUUCGCCUUUUGCGAUACUUCAACACAUGAUUUGGAGGAAGAGUUAUCAAUAAUGCAAAGAGUGAAUCCAAAUCGAACAAGGAGAGAUGUAUCGCAUUACAGUGGCUUCAAUCCGACAACGCUUUUCGCAGAACAUAUCGCCUUUCAGGAAUGUCCUGCGUGCUGUAUACCUGGUGAACGAGGAGAACCAGGUGACGCCGGUCUUCCAGGACUUCCUGGAAGUCCUGGUCCAGAUGGUGCACCUGGUAGGCCUGGCGCUACACCGAAUGCUUCAUGUAUUCCAGAAAGAAUAUUCGAACCACCGCCAUGUCUUCCAUGUCCGCAAGGUCCACGUGGUGUGCCUGGGCAUCCUGGAUUUCCAGGUGAUCCAGGGGAUCCUGGUAUACCUGGAAAACCCGGUGCUGAUGGAUUGCGUGGUAAGCCUGGUGAAGAUGGACCACCAGGUCCAGCUGGUCCAGAAGGUCCUGCUGGACCACCCGGUGAGAAAGGUACUACUCCGCAUGCGCAUGUUAUUCCUGGUCCUCCAGGUGAUCCAGGUGAUCCGGGACCAUGGGGACCACCUGGGCAUCCAGGAUCAAACGGUGAAGAUGGCUAUACUGGACCACCAGGAGAAAAGGGUUGGCCAGGACCACCAGGACCUCCUGGUGCUAUCGGACCGCCUGGUGCACCAGGACCUAGAGGAGAGCAAGGACCAUCAGGUACUCCUGGAACAUGUGUAUGCCAGGAUACAGAAGUAGUCAUAGCCGAUAUGUCUCGUCGAGAACCGGAUACGGAAAAAACAGAGGAUAAACAGAAAAUAACUAAUGAAAGGUAUGAAGAAGAAACUAAACACGAAGUAAACAGUGCAAAUAUUCCGCAAGAGACUAACUAUCCGGAACAGUCAAGAGAGAGUUCGGAUUAUCAUAACUUGGAAAAAUUGAAUAUAUUUUCCGCGCUUGCCGAGAUUGAAAAAGAAGAGGAAAGGAAAGGAGUAUUACAAAAGACAAAACAAUAUGAGGUGGCACCAAGUGUCCUGUCUAAUACAACACCGCGACAACGAGGUUCACUUAUACUGGACAGUAGCGCGAAUCCUCAAGAAAUUCAUUAUCAGCACUGA